CUGUUAGCGUCCACUCCUCCCGCCGCCGACCGUUAACGGGCACCGGUGCCGCCGGGUGCCGUUGCCAUGGCGACGGGGACGCGCUCGAGCCUGCCGGGGCAUCGGGGCGACCGCGGCCGUCGGUCAGCGGCCGUAGCCUCUUCAGCAAAAGCGGAUGGAAGGCGGCGCGGACCCUACCCAAAGACGCAGAUCCUGCCGAGCAGCUCGCCUCAACCCGGACGAAAAGGUACCUCCAGCUGCGGGACAACCUGUGUGUUUACAGAGGCCUUUAAAGACAAAUCUGUUUUAAAACGAAAAGAUGAUGUAAGUACCAACCUUGAUGCUGACAUCCACCUUUCAAGGAAAGAAGAAAUUGAGACACAAACAUACUGUGAAAAAGGUGCUUCCUCCGGAUCCUUUGAUUCGGAAUACCAGCAAACCGAAGUAAAUAGUCGGGAAACACUUCACCUUUAUCUACCCAACCUUGGCAUUCACGAAGAGGAGGAAUCUCCAAUUGUAUGGGAACCAGCUGAGGCUGUUUCACAAAAAUCAGAAGUACCUGCAUCUGCUGAAAACACAAAGAUAAAAGAAAAACAUGAAAAUAUUAGCAAAAUAGAGGAUUCAGGUACAAUCAAAGGUUCUGCCUGGGUAUGUCGGCCUGGUGGGGAACUGAAAGGUCAGGUGCAGAGGAGACCAAUGUUUGAAAGGAAAUGUGUCCAUCCUACUUCGAUCACUUGUUACUUUAUGGGGCAAAAACAAUAUUCCAAAAUAUUGCAAGAUUCGCCACAUGGAUUACACCGAACACAACCAUUAAAGCACAAAAGCAGGAAUGACUCAAGGGCUGAAUUAAAUAUUUAUGAUUUGGAAGCUGAACUAGAUGAUGCCCACCGACCCCAGGAGAACACACACAACCGUUCACAGUCCAAUACCAAUCAGAAUCCUGCUCUGGUUAAUGAUGCUGAGAAAGACAGAGAGAAAACAAAGAUAUUUGUAUUCAGUGCAAGCGAGCCAAAAGAAUCUGAUAUUCAUGUUUUGCCCAUGGCUAAACAUCUGAACGUUCAGCGCAAAAACUUCAUUUCCAGUUCACAGUAUAGGUUACCACUUUGUAAAUAUAGUGUUUGCCAAUUUAAAAAGCUGGUGUAGACAAUUGAGGGGGAAUUUAAUAAAAAUACUGGAAAUUAUGGAGGCUUUGAUAGUAGAGUGAAUAUAGGAGAAAAUGUAACUAUUAUUACAAAGUUUUAAAUAAUGACACCAAUUUAGGACAUUUACUAAAAGGACCAAAUGGAAGAGGAAAAAACUUUUUAUGUUAUGAACUGGAAUCCACUGCUUGGCAGGGAAGUAAUCUCAUUAACUUUCAAAAGGAAAUCUGAGAUAAACAUGAAAAGAAAAAAAAUGGGAAGGAAGGAAAAUGAGAAGGAGAGCAGAGUUAUUCAGUUAGCUCUUUAUGUAAUAAAGAUUUAAUUUUAACAAAUUAUUUUAAAAUUUGGUAAAAAUUGGAAUGGACAGUGGCAUACGAGGUGAGAAAUCAUUUAGAUCUUGUUGAUAUCUUCUACUAUUAAUGUUGUUGGUGUAAAAUUAAUGUACCAGUUAUAAAUAUAUAGUAAUAUUUUAACCACUUGUUAAGUAGUAUUUGAAGUGAAGAACCACAGAUGUGUUAUGAAAACUAUCCCUGUUGGUUGUUGAACACCAUAAUAUUUUAGAAUAAAUGAUUUAAAGCUAUUCUAAAAUUCAUUAAGAAUUAAACCAGCCCCAUUUUAGAUCUCAUAGUCAUUAAAUUAUGCUUACUAUUAAUUAUGUUUUUGUAGCAGAAGAAAUUUCAACAUUUUGGAAGGAUUAUUUUUCCAUUACGUGUUCCCACUAAUUGGUUCUUUGAAAAGCAUACCAGUUCUCAUCUUUCCCUCAGUCUUCUACAAAUGCAAAGAUAAUUCAGUUUCUGUUACUUAGUCUGUUAGGUGCCAGCUCUUUAAAUAAAUAUAAAAAGAGCCUCUUACACUUAUUUGUGUUAUAUUUAGUUGAAUCCAUUAUUUAUAGGAAGGGGAGAUGUUAACAGGUUGAGUUCAGAUAACAUUUGUGAAACAUUUGUAUAUGCAGUAUACAAGACUGAAACUUAAUAGAAAGGUCUGAAUCAGCUCUGCAAGACAAAGUGUUAUCCUGCGUACUCUACAGGAGUUUGUCAUUGCUGCUUUUUUGUGUUUUCACAAGUAUAACCCAUAAAUAACACCUCUGUAUUAUUAGAAUGAUGAAGAACUAAAGGCUAAUAUUCAUGUAAAAUGGCACAAGUGUAUGGAUAAUCUUCUUCAAAUUCUGUGCAUUUAUUCAGGUGCACACCAAUAUAGAAUAAGUAACAAUGUGCAGAUAUACAUGAAAGAAUCUUUUGUGAUCCCACAGAAAUGGAAUGGUUUUUUAAGCUUACCAGCAUAUAUUAGCCAGCUAUUCUUCAGAUAGUCUGUUCCCAAUUAUAUGAUGUCUACACAAACAGAUGCAAGAAUUAAAUAAGGAUAUUAAUAUUUUGCCAACCUCCACUCUAUUGUUUUUAAAAUGAUAAAAAGCCCAUUACUAUUUCUUAAGAAUAAUGUAUAGCAAUUGACUCAAAGGGCAUUCCAAAACAGUACAAAAAUGGACCUACUUAUUGAAUUUCAUGUUGCUUUAUAAUUUGAA